CAGGUUUUUUUUUUUAUUUCUAUUUUUUUAUUUCAUUUUCAUAUUGGUCCAAUAUGCUCUGAUGUUCAGGAAAAGUAGAGUGUAAAGGGACCAAUGAAGGGCACGAAGUGAGGCUACAUUCAUCACCAUGGUUUUGACAGUGGGUGGGUUGGAGGCGGAGGGGGCAGUCGGGGGAUCUGGGGAGGUUAAAGACGAAGCUUUGAGAGAAAGAAGAAGCUAGAGAAGAGGAAGGACCCAUCUGUUCAUCCCCCAGCAGAUAAAGAGAGCUGGAGAGGGAGUUAGACGCACAGCGUGAGCAGGAGCAGGAAGGGAUGGAGUUCUGGCUGACAGUCCAUGAGAGCUGAGUCUUCCUGUACAAAAAAACAUGCAACCAAGAUGAAAAUGUGGAUUUUCAUCCUGUGUCUGAGUAAUGAAUGGAUGCAGACAGCUUCUGCUGCCAGUGUGACCCCAACUCCCUCGUCUCAACCCGCUACACCCACCGAAGAUGAGAGCACCCAGCUGGUGGACUGGUUGAUCAAGUAUGGCUACCUGCCCCCGUCUGACUCCUCCACCGGGCAGCUGCAAGCCUGGACAGCUGUCACUGACGCUGUCAAAGCCAUGCAAAUGUUUGCCGGCCUCAAAGACUCUGGAGUUUUAGAUGAGGAGACACUGGCACUGAUGAAGAGCCCACGCUGCUCCCUUCCUGACCAAGAAGGACCAUCCAAGUUACUGGUCCUCCAGCAGGGGAAGGACAUACGAAAGAGGAAGAGGAGGAAGAGAUCUGUCUCCAUGUGGACCCGCAGGAACAUAAACUGGAGGUUGCACUCCUACCCUUCCUCUUCACACCUGUCCAAGGAGAUGAUUCGUUCUCUGGUCUUCUAUGCUCUAAGAGUCUGGGCAGAGCCAACGCCGCUGGAAUUCCAUGAGGUGGGCAGCCCAGAGGCAGCUGACCUGCAGGUAGACUUUCUCCAAGGUUACCAUGGUGAUGGCUAUCCCUUCGAUGGAGCGGGCGGAGCAGUGGGUCAUGCUUUCUUCCCUUCAGAUCCUGCCAGGGCAGGAGGAGUUCAUCUGGAUGCAGAGGAGCAGUGGGCUUUCAGACAGCCGGCUUAUGAGGGCACAGACCUGUUUACAGUGUUGGUCCAUGAGUUUGGCCACGCUCUGGGCCUGGCCCACUCUUCGUCCCGCCACUCGGUGAUGAGGCCAUACUACCAGGGUCCUGUUGGAGACCCUUUGCACUACCGCCUGGGACAGCAAGACCUGGAGCACAUCACUCACAUCUAUGGCAAAAGGAACCAGCUUCUGCCGACAGAUGCUCCUCAUCUUACAACGGAGCCUAAGCUGCACCACAGAGUCCAUCACCAUCAUCACAGACAUGGCCCUCCCAUAGAUCGCUGUAACACCAGCUUUGAUGCUGUGGCAAAGAUAAGAGGAGAGACUUUCUUCUUCAAAGGCCUGACGGUGUGGCGGGUGAACGGUGGGGGUUUGGUGUCAGGGCGUGGCGCUGCAGUCAGGAGGUUGUGGAGGGGUUUGCCCCCUGACCUGCUGCGCCUGGACGCCGUGUUGGAGAGGCAUUCAGAUCACGCCAUCAUCUUCAUCAGCGGCUCCAGGUUCUGGCUGUUCAGAGAUCUGGCCCUUCAGGACGGCUACCCUCAGCCCCUGACUGCUCUCCGGAUGGGGGUGAGCCUGACCCGAGGAGAGCCCGAUGAUGAUGAUGAAGAUGAGGCAGUGCGGGGAUCUGGACAGUGGGCCCUGGUGUGGGAUCCAGAGGAAGGACCUGUGUGGGGAAAAGUGGGAGAUUUAGAGGAAAAGAAGCAGGAAGACAAGUGGAGUCAGCUGCUUAGGGACGGUGUCAGCGGCAUCACCACCGAUAACGAUGGUUCUGUUUAUCUGUUCAGAGGAGAUUCCUACUGGAAGUUCAUGUUUCCAGGUUCUGCACCGCAGGAUGGUUACCCACGAUCCUCCGCUGCAGACUGGUUGGACUGCGUCGACUCCUCAUCCCCUCCCGCAGUGGAUGACUUUUCCCUGUCUCUGUCUCCUCCUGCGGGAAGACAAGAGCUGCGUGAAACACGGAGGGAGGACGGGCAAGACGGGAAUGUGGGAGGGAGCAGGAGAGACAGACAUCGGCAUCAACCCAAAUACAGACAGGACAGCGAGUCACACAUCUGGACACAGUGCACAUGCCAAAGCAAAGCACCAGCUGGCAGCAAAGCAUCUGGGUUGUUGGUUUGUCUGCUGGUGACGUGGUGUCUGACCACUCUUUAGAAAAUCUCAUGUUUUUAUCAGGAAAGUGUUUGUGUAACUGUAACAGAAUAAAUCCACACUGCAGCCGUAAAGAUGUAGUUUUAGUUCAGGUUAAGAAAGCUUUAGCAUGUCCGUUGGAAUCUGUCAUGAUUGCAUAUAAUUUGCCUCUGCCGGAUGUAGUAGAGAGACCUCGGGUCAAAGUACAUCAGACUUUUCAUGCUUUGUUUUUGCUCAAUUAGAAUGAUCAAAACCAUUUCUAUUUGCUGAAUGCCAGAAAAUUUAACAAGAACAUUUUUAGAUUUUUAUUAUUUUUAUUUUUUUAUUUUGUAACUUUCCUUGAACUCAAAAGUUUUCAUACAUUUGGUCAGUAUCAGGAAUAUCUGCCUCUCAAAAUGUAAGACUUGGGUCAAACUUUGUGGGCUUCCUUCCAUAAACAUUUAAUAGGUUAAUUGGCACAUUUUUGUGAAACCUGUGGAUGCAUUUCAGGGCCACUCCUGAAACAGACUGCUUUCCUGUUUGACACGAUGGGAAAGUAAAAAACAAAAAUCUGUCAAGAUAUCAAGAGGAAAAUUGUGGAGCUGCACAUGUCUGGAUCAUUUGUGGGAACAAUUUAAUGGGAGAGAAUUCCUGGCUUGUUGUCUCUACUCUAAUUUAUCCCAAAGCUGUUCUGUCCCUCUGUCCUCAGUUGUCCCUGUCUUUACUUUGUUUUGUGUCCUGGUACACAGUCACUGAAGGAACCAUCCACCUACUGUUCCCACAAAGUGUGAAGCUUGUAAUUCUCCAAAAUGUCCCACAUGCUGCAGCAUUAAGAGUUCCUCUCACUGACACUAAAGGGCCAAGCACAACUCCUGAGAACUGCCCCCCUCCGGAAUCCCUUAUGCACCAAACAAUACACUUGACAAACCCAGACAUGUCUGUCUGAUGUGGACAUUUAUUAUUAAGGAAGAAAAAAGUCAAACCUACAUGGACCUGUAAGUUUGAAUUUUGAGUUGUUUUGUGUGUGAAAACAACUCAAAACUCAAGGGAAAAAAGUGAACAUUUCUGUAAAAUUAUGGAAAAUAUUUUCAAUCAGCAGAACAUUCCACCGGACAGCAGAGGGCGCUGUUUGGUUGACAUCUCGGUGAGAGACUAUAUGUUGGUGCUGCAAUAAGCUAUUGUGGGCUCUGAAGCUAUGAAAGCCUAGAUGAAGCUUUUACUAUUUAGUGUUGGGAUCAAAUCUGAAUUGUAAUUUCUUUCUAUAUUUGUCAAUACAUAUAACUGCAGCUAUGAAUGAUGAGAUAAUGACAUGACUUUGUGUCAUGUCAUUAUCUCAGCAGUGUUGUGUGUAAUGUGACUUUAUUUGGAGUGAUGAAAGUGUUUUUGUGUCCCGUGAAAAUGUCUAGCCAUAAGUUUUCAGUAUGUAAUAAAGUUACUGUGUUCCAGACACCCACAUUUAGAUCAUGUAUUAGAACAUCAGUCAGUAUUAAAAGAAUUACCAACAGCAGAGGGAA